AGUGUCAAACUGGGCAGAGCGGAGUAGUUUUGCCAGGAUUGCCUAAGUUCACAUGGUGGUGCCAUUUCCUAUUUAAACAGGCUUCCUUAAAAAUAUCCCGCAGUUGUGGUACUGUUAGUUUGACUUGGUACACAAAUCUGCUUUUUUAAUUUUAAGCUGCUGUUUGUGUGUGAUGCUGGCAGUUUCUGAGUGGAAUAUGAUCAGUGAUGAUGUUUGUAAUAAUUUCCAGACCCCAGCUGAAGAGGCUUUAAUUAAUUGAUUGUUGAUUGUAUUCACCUUGACAACAAGACUUCUUGCCAUGGACCCUUACGUGCUGAUUGGUGCUUGGUUGAACGUGUUGUGCCUGUUAAUUGUGCUGUGUACCCAUGAGUGUGACUAGCUGAGUGAUUCAUCCUCUUCCGUACUUCCGAGUGUUUGGGCACUGCCUCAUCUUUUCUGUUGACAAUUUGCCUGACACACCAAAAACGUUCAAACUGCAAUGGCAGGACCGAGGCCAGUGGUGUUGAGUGGACCGUCAGGGGCUGGGAAAAGCACACUGCUUAAGAAGCUCCUCAACGAGUUUGAUGGAGUCUUUGGCUUCAGCGUUUCCCAUACAACAAGGAAUCCCCGCCCAGGAGAAGUGAAUGGCAAAGAUUACCAUUAUGUGACCAGGGAAGUGAUGCAGGCAAGCAUUGACAAUGGAGAAUUCAUCGAGAAUGCUGAAUUUUCUGGGAACAUGUACGGAACAAGCAAAGCUGCCGUGCAGGCUGUGCAGGCAAAGAACCUGAUUUGCAUACUGGACAUUGACAUGCAGGGAGUGAAAAACAUAAAGAGAACAGAUCUGAACCCAAUCUAUAUCUCCAUCCAGCCCCCAUCAAUGCAGGAGCUGGAGAAACGUUUAAGGGAUCGAAAAACGGAAUCGGAGGAAAGUCUACAAAAGCGUUUGAAAGCAGCAUUUGUUGAUAUGGAGCUGAGUAAAGAAGAUGGACUAUUUGAUGUUGUCAUUGUAAACAAUGAUCUUAAUGAAGCAUAUGGGAAUUUGAAAGACACUCUUCUUGAGGAAAUUGAAAAAGUAAAAAAUACGUCCAAGGCCUAAGAUACCACACAAGCCUCCAUACUCCUCACCUCUCCACUCCAGGCUACAGCUACAGGGCUUCUCACAUAAACAUUCCGGCACUAGACUUCCAAUCCCAGCCAGACUCUCUGGGCAGAAUGCUCUGAAUGAAAAGCAAGUUUGAAAUCAUGUACAGUGAUAGUAUGAUGGUCAAUAAUCCCAUAUAAUGAUUUGUUUCUUUCCUGAACUAGUAUAGCCUCUAACCCCUGAUAAACCUAUCUUUGUGGUGUCUAUGCAGGGGCUGGUGUUCAUUUAUGCAGUUUUGGAAUAUUUGGGCUGUAAGUGUUGGCGUAGUUUACACAUUCCAGGUAUGCCUAGCAUUUCUGUCUCUCAUUUAUCCCAGUAGGUGUCACAGAUGAUUUGUGGCUCUCCGUUUACCUGUCAGAAUGCAUUAGCACUAGCAAGAGUGUGAGGGAGGUGUUGACACACAAACAGCCAUGUUUAAGUGUAAAUAUUGUUAAGACUUAGUGCUUCUUUAAUUCCAUUGUCAUCUUUUCUUUUGAUACCACCAUGAUUUUAUUUGUUAUCUAUUAUUUGCCUUUUAGUGUUUUCAACAAAACUAGAUUCCUCAUUAAUGCAACAAUCUGUUUUCAUUAUCAUUAUAAUCAAUGCAAUACUUUCCUUAAAAGAAAACAACCAUUUCUGACUCUGAUUGCUGCGGCCUGAUGUUGUUUCUUUAAUGGAUCAGUGUGCUGCCCUUUUGUCCAGCAUUUUGUCUGAGGACGGUCAUCGGUCCCAAGUUGAUUGUUGAUUGCUGUACUGUAAAAAAUCCUGGUGUUUACCACUUGUCAGUAAUGGGACAUCAACAAAGCGUGCAUUUCAGUUGCAUGCCUACGGCAGCUACAGUAUGAAACACAACCAGAAGUCAUGCUAUUCCACACCAAGAAGCCGACUUCCUUCACUUUCAGCAAUCAGGUUAUGGAUCCUGGCUGUGCUCUGCUGCUCAUGAACCCAUGCAAGCCUGUUGAUAUGAAGCUUGUCUAUUACUAGACACAGAUGUCCUGCCAAGUGUCAUGGACUUCUUAGUCUUCAGAGAAGACCCAACACCACAUGGAAAGAGAGAUCUGAAUGGUAAACACAUGACCAACAUGCUGUUUUUAAAAGGAUGUAAAAUGUGUGUGGCUAUUUAUUGGGAAAGCCGUUAUAAUAAUUGGGUUGUGUAAGGAUAUUGGAAAUGGUCUACGUUUAUGAGCGGAAGAUGUUUUUUCUUGUUUGCUUUCUCCUAAAUCUUAAUAAUGAUCAGGUCUCCCAGGUAUUUCCACAGUUCAAAGUCUACCUGUUCCAACAAUUGCUUAACUUAAAUAUUUAUGGAUGUGAUUUUCAGUUGUUUUUGGUUUUGUUUAUUUAUUGGACCUGAGGUUGUAUUUUGUCAUCAAAAUGAAUUGUGGUGUCAUUAUGUAAUGUGAUGCACCUUGUAAAGAAAGUGUAUACAUUAAUCAUGCAUCAUAGGCAGUUGAUUCAGGAAUGUAGUAAGAACAUUUAAUGUUAUCAGAAAGGAGAAUUCAAAUGGAUAAAAACUUAGCACAUUUGGAAUCCACAAUACUUGAAAAGUGGUUCAACAAAAUUCCACAAAGUUGUUUUUUUUUUUAUUAUUAUUAUUGUUGUAGCCAUUGUCCUAACACUUUUUAUACCUUUAGCUGUUUUUUUUUUUUUACGAAAUGUUUGCUAUUAAGAGCUUUAGUGAUAUGGAGUGCAUUAGUAACUAAUAUUUAGAAUGAAUUAACCUAGUAUUCAUCGCUUGAGGCCAGAACAUGCCUUUUAUAACAGUGCUUUCACAGGGUCAAAUGCAUUCCUCUUUACACACUUAAGUCCUGUAUUGUUUCUUGUGUAUAAAAGCCAUGCUGGCCACUGACACUUUGACAUUGUAAAGGCCUCUAGUAGAAUGGAAUUUCAGUCAUACAAAAGUCUCUAUAACAGGAUGAAAACUAACUCAACUACCCCCUCUGUCUACAUAUGUCUUAGUUGUGUUUGUUAUUAUUUACAUUCACUGUACAAUUCCAAUUAAAGUCCAAGUUCUGAAAA